AUGCAAGGAACCCAGAGGGAUUCAAUGUUUGCCUUGUUAAUGCUGAAGGAGAGAGACCCAUAUGGAUUAAAAGUUUGGAUUUCUAAUGGGGGUUGCUCUGGGCUCGAACUUGGGGGAUCUCAUGCUUUGGCAGCUUCUGAAUUUUUACCAUUGCAGUUGCAGGCAAUGGAUGGAAUUUCAAUUCACAUAGGUCGGGGGCAAUAA